UAUCCAAAGAGAAGAAGAGAGAUAAAAAUGGAGGUUUCAAAAAUACUUCAUAUGAAUUCAGGAGUUGGAGAAAAAAGCUAUGCCAAAAACUCCUUACUUCAGCGAAAGGCAAUAUCCAUAGCGUGGCCAAUCAUAAAGGAAGCCAUCGAAGACUUGUGCAGUACUCUGAACAUUCCAACCACUUUAACAAUAGCAGACUUGGGAUGUUCUUCAGGACCAAAUACCCUUAUGAUUGUCUCCAAAUUAAUCAAACAAAUUGAACUAUUUCACAAAGACCAUAAUAAACCAUUCCAAUAUCAAAUCUUCCUCAACGAUCUCCCUACGAAUGAUUUCAAUGUCAUUUUUAGAUCAUUGUCAAAUUUUUUGGGAGAUUUGAAGACCGAAAUUGGAGCUGAUUUUGGAGAUUGUUUCUUCAAUGGGGUGCCAGGUUCUUUUUAUGGCAGGCUUUUCCCCAAAAACACCUUGCAUUUUGUUCAUUCUUCUUACAGUCUUCAGUGGCUUUCUCAGGUUCCUAAAAGAAUGGAGAUAAUGAAUAAAGGGAAUAUAUUCAUAGACAGUACAAGUCCAAAGGAUGUGAUUGAAGGAUAUUAUAGGCAAUUUCAAAAGGAUUUUUCACUUUUUUUAAAGUGUCGUGGAGAAGAAGUAAUAGCUGGUGGACGCAUGGUUCUUACAAUACUAGGAAGAAGAGAUGAAUAUCCAUCAAACAAUGACUAUUGUCAUGCUUUUACACUUUUGAAUAUGGCUCUCAAUAACAUGGUUGAUGAGGGGAUUGUGGAAGAGGAGAAAGUUCAUAGGUUCAAUAUCCCAAACUUCAUGCCAUGUCCAGAGGAAGUCAGAGCAGAGGUUUUAGAAGAAGGAAGUUUCAUCAUCAAUGAACUUGGAGUCUCAAGAAUUGAUUGGGAUUUCUACAAUACUGAAUUUGAUGGAUCAAACGUGUAUGUUGAUAGCAGUUAUAAUAUUGCAAAAUGCAUUAGAUCUGUGACUGAAUCACUUAUGAUUCCUCAUUUUGGAGAAGCCAUUGUGGAAGAAGUAUUUCAAAGGUAUAGAAAAAUUGUUAGGAAUGAGAUGUCCAAGAAAAAGAUUGAAUUUACAAACCUCACUAUUUCCCUUACUAAAAUAUAAAAUGAUGGGAAACAAAAGAUGAUACUAUGUGUUAUUUGGUUGUAUGAAGACAUGCUUGUAAAAGGAAUAGUGUAGCUAUUGUUAAAUUAUCAAGUCAGCCACAAUUUACCUGGAUUAAUUAGAAGAUUAAUGCAAACUUUUAAAAGAAUUGGAAAAUGUAUUUAUGUUAUUAUUGUUAUUAAUUUUGUAUGAAAAUUUAUGUCAGUUGAGCUAGGUCCAAAUUGACAUAUUUAUGUAUU